ACGAAUAGAAACGUUGCCAAAGGCCCAAAGCAAAGAGCAAAAAAAGAAGUAAACGAGGUUGAGAUAUGGGAGACAAUGAUAGCUGGUAACCAUGGCCCUUGAUAUUCAGUGCAAAAUAGCGUUCAGAUGGAGACCCAAUUCUGAUUCAGGUAACAACAGUCCCCUCAUCUUCCCUAAAACCACACUGACAAAACAAUCCUCCAAAUUCACAUUCGUCACCAAUCAAACUUGUUUAUCAUCUCUCCACCACUCAUCACCACCACCACCUUCAAAUGGCACAAGGCCCACUUCCCUUCUUGUUGAAAAGUACAAUUACAAUGAGCACCAGAGGCUUAGAGAUUUACUUGAAAAGCUCAGCAACACCAACUCAUGCCCUCUACAAAUACUCACAGAUUAUGGGGAUUGGACUAAAGACCAGUUCUGGGCUGUCGUCAAAUUUCUUAUACAUGCCUCUAGAUCUCUUGAAGUUCUUCAGGUGUUUGAUAUGUGGAAGAACAUUGAGAAAUUGCGGAUUAAUGAAUUCUACUAUGAUAAGAUAAUUGGGCUGUUAGGUGAAGAGGGCAUGCUCGAAGAAGCACUGUCAGCAUUUCAAGAGAUGAAAAGACAUGGUCUAAAACCUUCUUUGGGAUCUUACAAUGUGAUAAUUCAUGGUUUUGCAAAAAAAGGAAACUUUGAUGAUGCUUUAUUUUAUCUUAAUGGGAUGAAAGAUGAUAAUUUGGCACCGGAAACUGAUACCUAUGAUGGGUUGAUUCAAGCUUAUGGGAGAUAUAAAAUGUAUGAUGAAAUAGCUAUUUGUGUGAAGAAGAUGGAAUUGGAUGGUUGUUCGCCUGACCACAUUACGUAUAAUUUGCUUAUCCGAGAGUUUUCGCAAGCUGGGUUGCUCAAAAGAAUGGAAAGAGUGUGUCAAACAAUGCUUUCAAAGAAGAUGUAUUUACAGUCAACUACCUUAGUUGCAAUGCUUGAGGCUUAUGCAAGAUUUGGGAUUUUGGAUAAGAUGGAAAAGGUUUAUAGAAGAGUUUUGAACUCAAAAAACCCUUUAAAAGAUGAUUUGAUAAGGAAAUUGGCUGAAAUUUAUAUUGAUAACUAUAUGUUUUCAAGAUUAGAUGACUUGGGACUUAAUGUUUCAUCAAGGUUUGGUGCAACUGAUCUUGUUUGGUGUCUGCGUCUCCUUUCUCAUGCUUGUCUUUUAAGCCGAAAAGGUAUGUAUUCCAUUAUUCAGGAGAUGCAAGAAGCGAAAGUUUCUUGGAAUGUAACUGUUGCAAAUAUUAUCAUGCUAGCUUAUUUGAAAAUGAAAGACUUCACGCGUUUGAGAGCAUUGAUCUCCCAAUUGCCACCCCAUCAUGUGAAGCCUGAUAUGGUCACAGUUGGAAUUCUAUUUGAUGCAAUUACUUUUGGUUUUGAUGGAACUGAGAUUAUUGAAACAUGGAGAAGGAUGGGCCAUCUUUAUGGGGUUGUGGAAAUGAAUACUGAUCCUCUGGUUCUAACUGCAUUUGGAAAGGGGAGUUUCCUUAGAAAAUGUGAAGAGGUCUACUGCUCCCUUGAAACUCGAGCUAGAGAAAAGAAAACAUGGACUUAUGAUAACCUCAUUGAUUUAGUCUCAGAAUACAAUGGAAGGAAGCCUCAGUAGAAUGAAACCAAGAGUUUUUAAGGCGAAGUACUUCCCAAAUUGUUCUAUAUUUGAAGCAAAAUCGACUUCCGGAUCUUUUGCUUGGAAAAGCAUUCUUUGGUCAAGAAAUCUGAUUAGCAGAGGAGCAAGGUCGAGGGUGGGUGAUGGUGAGACCAUUCGAGUUUUUCAGGAUGCUUGGCUGGUGAACACAACAUAUGGAAAAAUUUCUACCCAUAAAUCUGUCCUCCCUGACGCCACAGUAAGUUCUUUGAUUAAUCAAGCUUCGGGAUGGUGGAAUAUCCACCUAAUUGAUCGUUGCUUUUACCCCCCCGAGGCUGCUCUCAUCAAAGCUCUGCCCCUUUGCUCUACCCCACAAAAGGAUCUUUUGAUUUGGCCCUUGGAAAAAUCCGGUAAUUAUUCAGUUAAGUCGGGUUACUGUCUUCUUCGUGAAUGGCAAGACCUGGACGGUUUUCGGGGUCAAGUAACGGAUGAGCAGAAAAGGUUUUGGAAAAGCAUUUGGAGGAUAAAAGUGCCAGGUAAGAUAAAGCACUUUAUUUGGAAGGCUUGCUCAAACUCUUUGCCAACCAAAGAAAACUUGCUGCGGAGGAAGGUUCUCCAGGAUUCAGUGUGCCAUCUCUGUGCCAGGGAGCCAGAGGAUGUUUUCCAUGCAUUGUGGGGCUGUGAGAAAAUACGUCCAAUCUGGGAUUCAGACUUUGGUUGGGUGGAUAGGUCUCGUAUAACCUCAAAUUCCUUUUCUGAUGUCCUAAAGCUGAUUCAAGAACGACCUCUAGUAGCUUUGUUUGCAACUACGGCAUGGUCCAUUUGGUAUCAUCGUAACAAAACUUGGUUACAACAAUCCUCACUACCGCUGGAAAAAAUUCUCGGGUUUCGCUAAGGAUUAUGUUCGGGGUUUUGCAAAUCAGAACAGAAACUUCCCCUGCAUUCGACAGAAGAUUACUAAGAGAUGGUGCCCUCCUGACUCGGAUCUAGUGAAGGUAAAUUUCGAUUGGGCUAUGUUUAAUGAGCGAGAUGAGGCUGGAAUUGGCGUAAUUAUUCGUAAUCCCAGGGGCGAAGUGAUGGCGGCACUGUCUGAGAAGAUUCAAAAACCUCCUUCUGCUGAAAUUCUGGAAUUACUAGCUGCCAAGAGGGCUGUGCGAUUCUCCCUUGAAACGGGCUUCAACAAAUCUGUCAUUGAGGGAGAUUCGGAGUCAGUGAUACGAUCUCUAAGGCAGGGUGGUUAUGAAAAUUCACUAGGUGGUCAUCUCAUCAAGGAUAUUCUUUUCACUGUAAACUCUUUUCAGAGUAUUUCUUUCUCUCAUGUUGUACGGCAAAGCAAUGCAGUUGCACAUGCUUUAGCCCAGAGAGCUAGACAUUCAUUUCCUUUACUUGUCUGGAUGGAGGCUGUUCCACCGGACGUUAGCACUUUUGUUUUGUCUGAUUUUCCUCGCUGAUGAAUAUAUUCCAGCACGUAUUUCAUUCUCAAAAAAAAAAAAAAAAAAAAAAAAAAAAA